GUGGGUUAACGAUCCGGCGUUGCCGUGAGCUGUGGUAUAGGUUGCAGACGCGGCUGGGAUCUCGCGUUGCUGUGGCUCUGGCACAGGCCAGUGGCUACAGCUCUGAUUUGACCCCUAGCCUGGGAACCUCCAUAUGCCGCGGGAGCGGCCCAAAGAAAUAGCAAAAAAAAAAAAAAAAAAAAAAAAAAAAAAAGGAGUAAAGGAUCACAUGAAUUCACAUGAAUUCAUGGUUUCUGCUAAUUUAGGAAGAGCUGUGAUUUUGUAAGUGCAGUUGCAAUUAAUUAUUUUGGCUGCAAUUCCAAAUUUAUAUACCUAAAACCACAUAUCAUUCUGAAAAAAAUAUUAGAAAUAAGAUACCAAAUUAAAAUCAGCUACAACAGAUAAAUGCAGGAUAACUACGUAAGAAAUGGAAAAAUCAGAACAGAGAAACUUGUGAAGUUAAAACUGAAAUUUGUUAUAAAAAUAAUAGUUUGGGCCAGUCUUCUUUAUAACAUGGGAAAUAUUUAGCAGAUUUUAAGUUUGUGUUGCAAGAAAUGGUAUGGUUUCUAUGUUUUUAUGGACUUAUUUUAUCUACAAAUUAUUCUUAUUGUAGCCCUCUUUCCUCCAACCUAUUGUGAUUAUCCUGUUUUCCCUGAGGAGUUGUAGAAAAUGAGAGGAAAAACAGGCCUGCAACAGUCUUGGAUUAGGUCCAGCAAAUGUUUUUAGUCCUUGGAAAACAGGGAGGAUGCUGCUCCAAGCCUUGUAAAUGCAUCUUGUAAAAACAAUAAUAAUCUUAGCUUAUUUACUCUGAAUUGGGAAAGUACUGUGUUGUUAACCAAAGGAUUAUUACAGAGUACACCGAAACUCACUCACACCAUGUAAAUAGCUCAAUUCACCUUUGCAUAUUUGCCCAUGAACAAGAGGUGCUGUAGAGCAGGACAUUUUGCUUACUAAAUACCACAACCGAAAACCCUGGGCCCUGAAAGCCAAGAAACAGUUGUCCUAGCAGUCUCUGAAGAUAGAUAUACUAAUCAAACCAUGUAAAACUAGCAGGACUAGUAAAUCUUUAAGGGUAACAUUGCACAGCCAUUCAGAUUACAUAGACUGCUACUGUUUACUUAAAUCACAAGCUCAGAACAAAAGAGAGGAAUGACAUAGGGGAAUCUGAAAGGGGAUGGUCAGAAUUAAUAUGAUUCGAGUCCUUGGUUGUUUAUUGAAGAACGAGGAUAACUGACACUUGCAUACAGACAGAGCUGAUGUUACCUAAAACUACAUAAACCUACCUAGCACAGUUACAAGGAUGGAAGAUUUCUUUCUGCUUAACUACAAGGUUAAUACGUCUAUCAAAUCCAUUGUCACCACUGCCCCUUAAUGCAAAGCAAAUUUUAAUGCUGUUACUGAAAUGUCAGGGCUAAAAUGAAAUUUAAUAGGUGAGCCGAACUUCUCUAUUAUUCAAAAUUUAAAUGUGAAGUUCGAAGGGGAAAGUUUUACUUUAACCCUGACUAAUCAUCAUUGCUUUCAUUCAAGCAGAUAACCAGCUGUCACAGAGAAACAUGCAGAACAGUUGCAGGAUUCUGAUAUUUUAGAAUUCUGAAUUUUUAUGAUAACUGUCUUAUCAUGGAGUAGUAGUAGUAGUCUGAUACUUUUUAUUUUGUUUGGAUUUUAAUGUGUAUGAUUUAUAGAAUAUACUCAUGGAAAUAAGGUAUAUAGAAAAGAACUUAUGUGAUUUAUAACAUUUCAAUGAAAAUACUUGCUUUCAGAAGUUUUAUCAGUUUUGUGUGAGUGUGUGUGUGUAUGUGUGUGUGUACAGUCUAUUUGUGGGUAUGUAUGUGUGUUAUACCUGCUUUUUGUUUGUUUUUUAUAAACUAUUGCAUGAGCAAGAUGUUCCCACUUUGAAACCUUAUGCAUUCUUGGAACUCUUAAGACUAUAUUUCCAGUUCUUCAAAGGAGUUCAUCUGAGAAGUAGCACUCUAAACCAAACCGUUUGGUCUCUUUCAAGACAGAAAACCCACGUUUGCCACAAACAAAUCUUCCCUUAAGCGCACUGAGUACCAAUCUGGAAAAUGAUGAACUGAUUUCACUACAAGGUUUGAUAGACUAUAUUCCUUUAAAAAAUUUCUAGUCACUUCUUGCACUCAAAUGCAAGGUUUGUGUCAAAUGUUUCUUCAAAGUGUCAGGGUAGAAGGAUCAAACUUCUCCAUUUCAAUCAAACAAACAGAGGCAUCAGAAACAUUUUUUCCUGAGUGGUGAUUUCUAAAAUAAAUUAUUAUAUAAUAUGCUUCUUAGAAAGUUUUUUUUUUUUUUUCAGCUUUAAAAGGGAAUUUAAUGAGGUAUGCUUCCAUGUCCCUGGAAAAGUGUAUGUAAUGUGCCUGUUGCACGCAUGUAUCUUUCAGGAAUCUGGCACCUAAGUGUUUUGUCUUUCUCUUAGUAGAUUGUCAGAUGGCAUAGAUGUCACUAUACUUAAGAGUUUAAAGAAGGACUAGCCAUUGUGGUUAGUACGUCUCUUUAUUUACUAAGUGGAACAAAACCACUUGAAGUUUCAUUAUCCACCUUAUUUCUUUGUAUAAAGUUUUCUGUGUUUAUACAUUCAUCAUGCUCUCCAACUUUUUUUUUAAAGUAGUGUUUAAACAGAAUAAUUUUUUUUUCUCAUUUUGAUCAAGUCAUCAGCCAAUGUGAAUGUAAAUUGAUUUCUCUAAACUUUCUUAAAGUCAUUUUAUUUAUUCAAUUUUUAAGACUCCACUUCAGGGACUAUUUAUAGUCUAGAUGACAUUUAUCAGCACAAAAUUUUGUUUUACCCUCAAUUCAAUGAAUUUUAUAUUUCUGCCAUGUAAAAUUUCAAAUGAACUGCUCACAUAAUGUUUUUUCUUGAACUUUUGGGGGGUCAUUUGUUUAACUAAAUGCUUAUUUUUGUUGCUGAUUAUUUACUGAUUUUUUUCCCAUUAUUUCACAACAUCAUGCUUUGAGGCCUAGUUAUCUGUUUACCUGAAAUUUUCUCUUUUUCCCCUAAUAAUUUCCCUUCUAAUGUAUGAAUACAAAUUGCUCUGACAAUUACACUGAUCUUAACAUUUCCUUAAGUCUCUUAGUAUUUAAAUGUUGACUUUCUCCCCCUCUCCUUAGAGAGAUAAGUCAAUUGCAAACAGGUCAAGCUAAGAUUAGGUCUGCCAAUAUUUUUCAGAGGUGUAUGAGAUUUACCUACUGAUUUGGCCCUGCCCACAUGAGAACAAUCCAUAUUUACAGAGGUGCUCUCACUUUCAUCUCUUUUACACACAUCUCCUACCACCGCUUCUAUGAAACAUAUAAAUAAGUUUAUCUUAUGUCUUUAAUACAGUAGAUUUACUUUCAUCGUGUGCUUGGAUUCAUUAGACUACAUGGCUUAAGUCUAAACUUUAAUGACUCUGAUAUUCUGCCUUUUAUCUUCAAUGAUGUCCUUGAAAUUUUCUUUUAAAGGUAAUAUUAGAAACCUUCAUUUUAAACUCUCAUGCUUUCCCUGGCAUUACUGUAUACUGUUCUGCCUUAUGCAUUUAAUAUUCUCUUUUAAAAUUACAUACAUGUAUAUUUACUUUUAUUCCUGCAUUUGAAGUACUUCCUUGCCAAAUAAAGCAUGUAGAACCUGCCAUUACUAAUAUAAGUGAAGAAACCAGCAAAAAAAUAGUUCUUUAUGUAUAUAUACACACACACAAUCAUAUGUGUUAUGCAUGUGCAUAAAUAAUGUGUGUGUACAUCUCCACACUCAGUUACCCCAAGGAUUAAAGUGAUAAAAAAAAUUUUACCUUAGCGUUUAACAAUGGUAAACAAUGUUUUGAGAAACUUUACAGUGUAGGUGUGCAAUGUAUGUGCUAUAGGUCUUUAGAAUGAAUUUUGUUUUAUUUAAUCUCAAAAUAAUUCUCUUACUUGCCACUUACAGAAUGUAUUCAUUGUUCAUCCCCUGUUUGUUGUAUUUAGAUAUUUUCUUAUCUAAUAUCAGGUUAUUUAAAGUUGUUUAUUCAAUUUUCCCAAAUGUCUUGAAAAGAAUAUGUAAAGUAAGUAUUGAUCAAGACCUCAUAUAUGUGUACAUAUAUAUACUUUUUUCUUCUUCAGAAAAAAGUACAAGCUCUUCAUUCAGUCUUUCUGGGUUUUAAUCCUUGUUUUGGCACAUAUUAGCUGUGUGACCUCAACUAGUAGUCUAAAGAACAUAGUAAGUUGGUAUAAUAGGUAAGCAAAAUAAUAUGUGAAAUAUAUUUCUACAACUGGCAGAUAGUAAGCCCCAGAUACAUGUUAACUCUGUUAUUAUCCUCAUAGUUUAUAGGUCUUCGCUUAUCCAUACAACCUAGAGCUAUAAUGUAUAUGAUACUAAAAUUCUACUUUUCAUUUGCUGUACUCUAAAAAAAAGAAAUGAAUCACUUAAAAUAUUUUAUCUAUUACAUAGAAUCUGCAUACAGUUUACAUUUAAAAUUUAAAUCUACCAUAUGAUUUGAUCUUCAGGUUGAGACUCUUAUCUCUUUGACCAGAAAGGAAAUCAGGAACAUGGUGACUAUCUGCUUGCUCCCAAUUCACAAAACCUUCCAUCACUAACAAAACUGUUAACUUGGGCCAUGUGACUCCUCUUCUAGAAAUUUUAGUAUUGGCUUCUCAAAUAUGUUGCAAUAUUUAUAAUUACUCAACUUACUUUAUUCUUCCUCUUUUACUCCACAAGUGUCACAUUCCAUGAAUGAGCUUAUCUAGAAAUACUGUUCUAAGGAUCUUUUUUUUGUUGUUGUUAUCUUUGGACCGCAUCCAUGGCAUAUGGAAGUUUCCAGACUAGGGGUUGAAUCAGAGCUAUAGCCUCAGGUCUAUGCCACAGCCACAGCAACCCCAGAUCUGAGCUGCAUCUGUGACAUACAACAGCUCACAGCAAUACUGGAUCUUUUAGCCCACUGAGUGAGGCCAGUGAUCAAACAUGCGUUGUCAUCAUGGAUACUAGUCAGGUUUGUACAUCAGCAUAUAAACAAAUCUAUGAGUACAUGAAUUUUUAGCAUUGUUUUUAUAAGAUCAGAGGAUCAGAAAAAACAGAAGUUCUGUUAAAUCUAAGACUGGUCAUUUAAAAGACAAUACUACAUUUAUUAUGGAAUUAUUUUAUUAAAGAAAAAAGAGAACAUUAACACUUUCCAUGACAUGAGAAUAUCUUCAAGGCACCUAAUAUCGGAAGAGGCAUGUUGAAGAUUGAUUCAAUAUAUGCAUUAGUCACUGUGCAUAUAUAUGUUAUAUGUGUGUGUGUGUCUAUAACUUUAAAUUUUAUAUGUAUAUAUGGGUUUACUGGGGAAUGGGCAUAUACUUAACAUUAGUCAUUUCUAAGGAAUAGAAUUGGUGGUCUUAUUUUAUGCCUUUCCGUAAAUUUCUUUUUUUUAAAUUUUUUUAACUCAGUGAAUUUUAUUACAUUUAUAGUUGUACAAUGAUCAUCACAACCCAGUUUUAUAACAUUUCCAUCCCAAACCCCCAGCCCAUCCCUCCACACUGCAACCUGUCUCCUUUUGAAGCCAUAAGUUUUUCAAAGUCUGCGAGUCAGUGUCUGCUCUGCAAAGUUCAUUGUGUCCUUUUUGUUUUUUUAGUUUCCACAUGCAAGUGAUGUUGGUGUCUCACUGUUUAACUUCACUUUGCAUGACAAUUUCUAGGUCCAUCCAUCUUGCUCCAAAUUCCAUUAUUUAUUUGCUUUUAAUGGUUGAGUAAUAUUCCAUUGUGUAUAUGUAUGCCUUUCUGUAAUUUUCAAUAUUAUCAUCCAUAUUAUUCUAAUAAAUUCCCUGAAAUAAAAAUUUGUUUAGGAGCCAAUAUCACCAUAACACUUAUUUAUUAUACAAACACUAUAUGUCAGUUUCUGUACUAAGUCCUUCAUAUUAUCAUUCUUGAUCUUUGUAACAGUUCUGAGAAGGAGCUAUUUCCACUAAGACUAAGAGAGGUAAGGUAGUCAAUAAUAUGUCAUACACUGAGGGAAGGGUUGGAUUCCUAAUUCCUAUUUAGGCCCAUUCCCUUCCACAGUGGAUGCUCUUCAUUUCAAAGCAUUGUAUAUCUGUGGUAUGAACAAACAGUAUAAUAACUUCUCCUUACUGGUCAAUCUUGCACCUUUCAAAAUAUUAUUGUGGUUACAAUAGUCAUGAGUGAGCACACUCAUUCAGCUGAUUACCAGCUAUGUGUCUGCUCUGUGCUCUGGGGAUUCAGCAAUGAACUAAACAGAUAAGGGUCUCCCUUCCUAUUAAGUCAAAAUUCUAGCAAAUGCAGAGACAGGACAAAAAAAAAAAAAAAGUCAAAUGCAUUUCUGAUGGUGCCAUGUAAUCUCAGUAACCAAAGCAGAAAAGGGGGAAAAGGGUAGGGGCCUCAUGGGAAGAGACACACUUUGAUGUCUUGUAAUCAGAUCUCUGCCACAUGUGGCACACAGCUCACCACACUUAGCUAUCAAGAUUAUCUUAUUUAGGUUUCUCCAUGUUUUUGAUUAAGAAAAUAAGUAGUUAUUUAACUCCUAAUCCCCACUCAAUGUAGUUAGGUCCUGCUCACAUCAAGAUUCACUUGGAUUCUGUUGGAUUCCAAACCCUAUAUGGUCUUUUAGAAAAAAAAGAGCUGGGCCUAGUUGACGUUAGUAUAUUAACAGUUAUAUCUUUCAUUCUACUAAAAUCUGUUUAGUACUAUAGCACAUUUUCAUAAGGCAAGAUAUACCCUCCUCUAAAACAUAUCCCUUCAAAAUACUGCACAUAACAUAAUCUUUUUAAAAUGAAAACCCCAACAUUCAUUACUCAGAAAUGGGUACAGCAUUUUUCUGUCUUAUUCUUCCAGGAGAAUGUUUUGAGCAAAAUAUAAAUAUGUGGUUGCAGAUUUUAUUUAGCUGUGUGUUUUCUGGGUCUCGUGAGCUAAGCUACUCAGGAACUGUUGUCUAUAGGAAUGAAUAUUUAACAGCUACCUCUGGGAAUGUUCAUUUGAUUCCUUGGGCUGCUCAUGGGAGGGUGUGGCACUGUCCUCUCCAGACAGAGGAUUUAGAUGACAUUAGGCCACUGAUUAAUAAUGAUCCAAGUAAGUUCAGUGUCAACUUAGGUAUCUAUUUUGCAUGUAUUUUUUUCUGAAACAUCCUUCUUUAACAGUGUACAUAUUUUCAUUAUAACUUAAGUAUCCUUUUAAAAUAUUUAAGAUAUGUGGUUUAAAAUAGGUCCUAUCUGAACUCCUGUGUUGGUGAGCUAUUUCUGAAUUGUCACAUUGGAGGGUGUGUAUUUUGGUGUACAUAUGUGAGAAUUAAAGGCUGAGAAGAAAAUAUAUCAAAGCAUCUUAACUACAAUACAAGAGAUAUCCUUAAUCAAAAUAUUAAUUGAAUUAGCUUUUAUACUACCUUACUAAUGGAACAAAGAUAAAUGGUUUACAACUAUAAGGAAAUCAUCCUUUAAAAUUAACUGAAAUCUUUGUAAAUUCUUCUUAAUUGAAAAGCGUAAAUCAGGAGUUCCAGUCGUGGCUCAGCGGAAAUAAAUCUGACUGGCAUUCAUGAGGAUGUAGGUUUGAUCUCUGGCCUUGCUUAGUGGGUUGAGGAUCUGGUGUUGCUGUGGUUGUGGUAUAGGCUGGCAGCCGUAGCUCUGAUUCAACCCCUAGCCUGGGAUCCCCAUAUGCCGUGGGUAUGGCCCUAAAAGGCAAAAAAAAAAAAAAAAAAAGUAAUAAAAAAAACCCAUAAAUCAUAAUGACAUUACUGGUCUAUUUCUACUUUAUCGUAAUUCAGUGCUCUGACAUUAGAAAAAAAAUAUAUAUACCCCAAAGCUUUAUAACAUUAUUAAUUUCUAAAUAAAUGUCUCAGUCAAAAUAUACUAGAAAAAGAGCAAUACUGGGAAAAAAGUAUUUGCCUUUCCUUCCUGUUGUGUAGAACAGCCUGCAAAUAAAAAGAUUCAAUACAUGCCCAGAAGGGACAGCACAAGCAAUCCAUGAGCACUGGUUUAAAUACAAUCUAAUGAAUGGAAUGUAUUUCUGCCUAUUAUUGUUAGGUUGUUGUCUUUCAAGUUUGACUUAGAGGCAUUUAUUCAGUUAGUCUGUCUGAGAGAUAGUUUACUUUCUGAAAUUUUUUAUUUUGCCUAUAUGAUUCUGAGAAUUUCUUUAUAAGAAUGGAUUUUUAAUAUUGAGGAAAAUUUUUCCCCUCAAAAUGCAAGGCAUUUUAUUUGGUUAUAUUGUGAAAUAAUGACUUUCUUUUAAAGUAACUGAAGUGGAGUUCCCGUCGUGGCACAGUGGUUAACGAAUCCGACUAGGAACCAUGCAGUUGAGGGUUUGAUCCCUGGCCUUGCGCAGUGGGUUAAGGAUCCUGGCGUUGCCGGGAGCUGUGGUGUUGCAGACGUGGCUCGGAUCCCGUGUUGCUGCGGCUCUGGUGUAGGCCGGCAGCUACAGCUCUGAUUCGACCCCUAGCCUGGGAACCUCCAUAUGCUGUGGGAGCUGCCCAAGAAAUGGCAGAAAAGACAAAAAAUAAAUAAAUAAAGUAACUGAAGUAUGUACUUUUUAAUAAUAAAGUGUCAUCUAAAUAGCAAUUUGGUUUAAAUGUUACUUAAUAGUUGUAUUUUUAUUUGAAAAAAUUGAAGAUAAAUUUAACUUUUUGGUUUUCAUAGAAAGAUUUUUCUGUGCUUAUGAUACUUCUGCAAAACUAACAGAAGAUGAUAAAUAGUGAAGAACUUCCAGUUAGAACAAUAGGCUAUUUCCCUUUUUAAAAGUCUGUUUGUCAUCCUUGUUGAUUGACAAAAACGCUAAUUGUUUUUGCAGUUAUUAAUCUAAACAUACCAUAGAUUAAUGCUGUACAGAAAAGUUUAUUUUAUUUAAACUUCAUGAAAUGAGUUUUUCUAGUAGGAGAGUGAGACUCUGACAAUUCUCCCCAGUCUACACUUCCUACACCUGCCCAGACCCAGGUUAUCAUCUGGAAUAAUAACUGCAUAGUGAAACAGUAUAUUAGAAGCUGCUCUGAAAGUUAGAUCCUUUAGUCUCUCUGGCCUCUGACUUACUUGCACGGGAAAAUGGCCAAAAAAGAAAAAAAAAAAAAGGAGAAAAGCCUGCCGAGGAUCUCAGAUGUAGGCAAUGGGUCCUCACCAGAACAUAAAAAUAGACCCUUAAGAGCCAUAUCAGUAGUGGGAUGUGUGUGGGUUUCUUCUUAUUUUUUUUUUUUAAUUCCUUUUGCAACAAACCACGUACUAGGAUCUGACGUUGUCUCUCUCUCUCUCUGUCUCUCUCCCUUUUUAAAAAAGCAUAUUUAAACUCACACACUUUACAUAAUGAGGAUUUCAGUGUAGGGUUUUUCUUCAGGAUGUCAUUUGUUCCUACUAAGAAUUGUCUGUUCCAAUGUUGGAGCAUUUGAUUGAAAAAUCCUUCUUAGCCUUGUUAAAGAUAUCUUACAAAUGAUUAGAAGAAUCGAUUCCUUCUGAGACUCAUCAGAUCAUUUCCUGCAAAAUCCUCAUCUUGCUGUCUACUUGUGGAAAAGAAGCAUACCUCUUGGAAACUACCUUCCUUAGACCUCAGAGUUUGAAAGAAGCAGGUGCUGAAUCUUAGUUUUUCGUGAACAAGAAAAAUGGGCUGCAAUAGAGACUGUGGACUCAUUGCUGGUGCUGUCAUUGGAGCAGUCCUGGCCGUGUUUGGAGGUAUUCUAAUGCCAGUUGGAGACAUGAUUAUUCAGAAGACAAUUAAAAAGGAAGCUGUCCUUGAAGAAGGUACAAUUGCUUUUAAAAAUUGGGUUAAAACAGGCACGGAAGUUUACAGACAGUUUUGGAUCUUUGAUGUGCAGAAUCCAGAGGAAGUAGCAAUUAAUAGCAGCGUAAUUAAAGUUAAGCAAAGAGGUCCUUACACGUACAGAGUUCGUUAUCUAGCCAAGGAAAAUAUAACCCAGGACCCUGAGACCCACACAGUCUCUUUCCUACAGCCCAAUGGUGCCAUCUUUGAACCCUCACUAUCAGUUGGAACAGAGAACGACACCUUCACUGUUCUCAAUCUGGCUGUGGCAGCUGUACCCCAUCUCUAUUCAAAUACAUUUAUUCAAGGAGUACUCAAUACACUUAUCAAAAAGUCAAAAUCUUCUAUGUUUCAAAAGAGAACUUUGAAAGAACUAUUGUGGGGCUAUCCGGAUCCAUUCUUGAACCUGGUUCCAUACCCUAUUCCUACCACAGUUGGUGUGUUUUAUCCUUACAACAAUACUUCAGAUGGAGUGUAUAAAGUUUUCAAUGGGAAGGAUGACAUAAGUAAAGUUGCCAUAAUUGACACAUAUAAAGGCAAAAAGAAUCUCUCCUACUGGCUGAGUUAUUGUGACAUGAUUAAUGGUACAGAUGCAGCCUCAUUUCCACCUUUCAUUGAGAAGACCCGGGUAUUGCAAUUCUUUUCCUCUGACAUUUGCAGGUCAAUCUAUGCUGUGUUUGGAGCUGAAAUUAAUCUGAAAGGAAUCCCUGUGUAUAGAUUUAUUCUUCCAUCCACAGCUUUUGCAUCUCCACGUGAAAAUCCAGACAAUCAUUGUUUCUGCACAGAAAAAGUUGUCUCCAAAAAUUGUACAGUAUUUGGUGUGCUAGACAUUAGCAAAUGCAAAGAAGGAAAACCUGUGUACAUUUCACUUCCUCAUUUUCUACAUGGAAGUCCUGAACUUUCAGAACUUAUUGAAGGCUUAAGUCCAAAUGAAGAAGAGCAUAGCACUUACUUGGAUGUUGAACCUAUAACUGGAUUCACGUUACGAUUUGCAAAACGGUUGCAGGUCAACCUAUUGGUCAAACCAGCAAAAAAAAUUGAAGCAUUAAAAAAUCUGAAGCAGAACUAUAUCGUGCCUAUCCUCUGGCUUAAUGAGACUGGUACAAUUGGUGAUGAGAAGGCAGAAAUGUUCAGAAACCAAGUGACUGGAAAAAUUAACCUCCUUGGCCUGGUAGAAAUCAUCUUACUGAGUGUUGGUGUGGGGAUGUUUAUUGUUUUUAUGAUUUCAUACUGUGCAUGCAGAUCAAAGAGAGUAAAUUAAGAAGCAAAUGAGUCUUUGCAUUUAUGCACCAGCUACGUCAGGACCUUUCUUAAUAUCUAUUUACAAAAUGAAUAUGCAAUAUGCUUUAUUUUUGCAAAACAUCUUAUAGUUGAAGAACUGGUGGCACAUUUUUUUUUUUUUUCGCACUGAGUAGGAGCACAUUUCUUAAGGGGUGUUAUGAUAACAUUGAAAAAAUGACAUAAAAUCCCUAUUUGGAACAGAAACCCAGCACCUUUUAAAAUUCAACAUUAUACAAUCAAAUGGAUUUCAGUUUCUACAGACCUCACUUGCGCAUGAUCCAAUUACAUUUACUUGGCAUUGCUUUAUGAAAUGCUUCUCUGGUGUCAAAACCGGCAGAGGGAUGAAUGUUCUAAAUGCUCAUGCCUUGUCUUCUUCAGCAAGGAGAAAAGAUCACUACCAUCAUGAGUGUCCCUGCAACUCACAGACCCCAGGACUGUCAGUACAUUGCACUUCAGGAGCAUCAACUAUUUUGAAAAGACAUUCAAGAAUGGAAACUAAAUGAUUGGCCUAUGAACCGUUUACUAUGCAUUAUUUGAGUUUCUUUCUCUAUGGAAACCAUAGUACAGCAUCAGCAGACAUUGUAACCAUGCUCUUUAUAAAAAUAUGGGCUUAUAUUUUUACCAAUACUUACACAAAUGGCCAUGUUUGAGACUUUGUCUUUUUCCAUGUUCUGUAGUUCUUCUGGAAAUCUGAGUAGAUUUUGAUCUUUCUACUCAGUUGGAUACAACUUAUGCUUGGCAACUUCAGAACGCUGUACUAGUAUUAAGAGAUGUAAAUGAUAAUAAAAAUUAUUGUAUGGGUGAUUACAAAGAGUAGAAUAUGCAUUGAUAGUUAUUUGCUGUAAUAUUUCUUUCUGUCAUAGUCACCUCAGAAAGACCGAUUCCAAACAUUAAAAAUGUCAUUCCUAAGUUGCUCUAUUUUGCCUAGUUUCUGUUGUGUCAGAACAUUUACUCUAGUUUCCUGUCUCAAGUAGUUGGUCUGACUUUAAUUUUUUUAUGAAUAUAUAUUUCCUUUUGAACCAUUCUUUUCUAAAUUUAAUCUCAGCCAUUUUUUCCAUAGAUAUUUUUUGAGCAGUUGGGGGAAAGGGAAAAAAAAAAAAAAAAAAAAAAAAAAAAAAAGGGUACUUAGUUUCAUGCUUUACAGCUGCAAGACUUAAUUUCUCCAAGAUAAAGGAUAUGUUUUUAUAAGAAGACAUAAUAUUAGGUAAUCCAGCUUUUUUUUUUCUUUUGCUUCUUAGAGCUGCACACGCAGCACAUGGAGGUGCCCAGGCUAAGGGUCCAAUCAGAGCUACAGCUGCCUGCCUACGCCAUGGCCACAGCAACGCAGGAUUUGAGCUGCAUCACAGCCUACACCACAGCUCACGGCAAUGCCAGAUCCUUAACCCACUGAGAAAGUCCAGGGAUCUAACCUGCAACCUCAUGGUUCCUAGUCAGAUUCAUUUCCUGUGCACCACGACGGGAACUCCAAACCAGCUUUUUAAAUAGGGGUUCAUUUACGGUUGAGAGAACCAGUCCUCAUAAAACUGCUCCCUGUAGAAAGACAAGAUGACUUUCUGGUUGUGGCUCAGUCAAUUAAGAACCCAGCAUAGUGUCCAUGAGGAUGUGGGUUCAAUCUCUGGCUCGCUCCAUGGCUUAAUUAAGGAUCUGACAUUGCCAAAACUGCAUCAUAAUUCGAAGACGUGGCUCAGAUCUGGUAUUGCCUUAGCUGUGGCAUAGGCCUCAGCUUCAGCUCCAAUCCUACCCCUAGCCUGAGAACUUCCAUAUGCCAUGAGUGGGACCGUUAAAAAAAAAAAAGAAAAAGAAAAGGAAGAUGGACUAUGUUCUGUUCCUGUUUUACACAUGGAGGUUUAUAGAACAAGUAUUAAUGACUGGUUUAGAUACUAAAAUCAAGAAUAAAGAAUAAAAUCCAGAAUCAAGAAUCUCCUCAUACCACCAAUUUAGAAAAAUCUUUGGAAAAUCUGAAGAUACUCAAAACCUAUUGACAUAAUGUCCUUUCAUUUAAGUGAAAGGGGAAAAAAGUAUCCUCAUUAGCUAUGGAAUUGUGGAAUCCCAGAUGUCUUCUGAUACUUAAAUGGCUACUCUUUUUGCAUGAGGAUAUUUGUAGACAUGUUGAGCUAAGAGAAAUAUAAGGAAACUUCUUUAAUACUUAAACUAAGUAGGGCUUAAUAAAAAUGCACAAAAGAAAUGGAUGAGAAUUGCAUGCCCAUCUCAUGGUAGAACUGGAUAACCAAUCCAUGACUCAUUUUAAAACCCUCAUACAGAAAUGCAUCUCCUCAUAUUUAGGUAUCAGGAAAAAGAUAUUAACUUGUGUAUCUUUAGUACUAUUUAACUAAAUACAUGGAUACUCUAACCUUUACCAUUCCUCACCAUGUAUUCUCUAAAUUCUAUAAAUUGUGUACACAAGGAAAGACAAUCCAUACUCAAAGACAAGUGAAAUACAUUAAAGAUACCUGUAGAAAAUACGAUUCUUUAAAAAAUGGGAGACAUGUUUUUCUAUAUGAAAAAUGGAUUUGUGUGUUUGUGUGUGUACUGAGAUAGGAAUGGGGCACUUCUGGGAAUGUAUUAAUUAUAUGACUUGUUUGCUAUAGAGAAAGUAUAAAUGUACACGGGAGAAUUUGUAUGCUUCAUUCUGUAGAAAAACUGCAUCAUUUUGUAAAGCGGCCUAUUUUCAUUCCAACAUUAAAUUACCAUAAAACCACAA